AUGUCGGAUACAUGGAGCAAUAUUCAGGCUCACAAAAAGCAGCUGGACUCACUGCGAGAGAGACUGCAGAGGAGACGAAAAGACACCACGCAACUUGGCAUAGAUGUUGCCGGUGUCGAGGGGACGUCUGUUCGGAGUGACAGCCCUGGGCCAGCUCUUCAGAGCCCCCCGCAGGUGGAGGUGGAACGUCCCCCGGACCCUGAGCUUGAAAGAAGGCUGCUGGGAUACUUGUCUGAUCUCAGUCUGUCCCUCCCCACUGACUCUCUAUCUAUUACUAAUCAACUCAACACUUCUGAAACACCAGUGUCGCACGGUUGUAUCCAGAGUCUGCUGCUCAAAUUUUCCGCCCAAGAGCUGAUUGAAGUCCGGCAGCCAACCACCUCCUCCUCGGCAUCGUCCUCCUCCUCCACCUCCUCAUCCACUCUAGUAACCUCGGUAGACCACACCAAACUAUGGGCCAUGAUUGGAGGUGCAGCUCAGUCCCAGAGAACUGGUGUCAAGAGGAAAGGAGAUGAUCUUACCCACCAUAAGAGGGCUCCAGGCUCCUCUCCCUCAGUGCAGUCUCCCCCAUCACCCAGUCAGACUUCAUCCAUCUCCUUAGCGCCGGCCUCUUCUUCCCAGAUGUCAGGGACGUCUGAGUGGAAGUCUGGAGGAGGAGUGGGAGGGGCAGAGAAGAAGAGUCGGACCAGUAAGGGACAGACCUCACAUCUGGACAUGGAGAUAGAAAGUCUGCUGAAUCAGCAGUCCACCAAGGAACAACAGAGCAAGAAGGUGAGCAGGGAGAUCCUGGAGUUGUUGAACACCAGCUCUGCGAAGGAGCAGUCCAUCGUGGAGAAGUUUCGCUCCCGUGGCCGAGCACAGGUCCAGGAGUUCUGCGAUCAUGGAACCAAAGAGGAGUGUAUACGCUCUGGAGACACACCUCAGCCUUGCACAAAACUUCACUUCAGGCGAAUCAUCAAUAAACACACAGAUGAAAGCCUUGGCGACUGUUCCUUUCUCAACACCUGCUUUCACAUGGACACCUGUAAGUAUGUUCACUAUGAGAUCGACAGCCCCCCGGAGGCCGAGGGGGGGCCCAUGGGGCCGCAGGCGGGGGCCGCGGAACUGGGCCUGCACUCAGGAGACGGCGACAGCAACGUGGGGAAACUCUUUCCUGCACAGUGGAUAUGCUGCGACAUCCGGUAUCUGGAUGUUUCUAUUUUGGGGAAGUUUGCGGUGGUUAUGGCCGACCCUCCGUGGGAUAUUCACAUGGAGCUUCCGUACGGAACGCUGACGGACGACGAGAUGAGGAAGCUGAACAUUCCAAUCCUGCAGGAUGACGGCUUUCUCUUCCUCUGGGUCACAGGAAGAGCCAUGGAGCUGGGCAGGGAGUGUCUGAGUCUUUGGGGGUAUGAGCGUGUGGAUGAGAUCAUUUGGGUGAAGACUAAUCAGUUACAGAGGAUAAUUCGUACUGGAAGAACUGGACACUGGCUCAAUCAUGGAAAAGAGCACUGCCUAGUGGGUGUGAAAGGCAACCCUCAGGGAUUUAAUAGAGGCCUGGACUGUGAUGUCAUUGUUGCAGAGGUGCGCUCUACUAGUCACAAACCUGAUGAAAUCUACGGCAUGAUUGAACGCUUGUCCCCAGGGACUAGGAAAAUUGAGCUUUUUGGACGACCUCACAAUGUCCAACCCAACUGGGUGACCCUCGGUAAUCAGUUGGAUGGAAUACACCUCUUGGACCCUGACGUGGUCGCGCGCUUUAAAAAGCGCUAUCCGGACGGAGUCAUAUCCAAACCCAAAAACAUGUAG